UGUCUGGGUAGCUUAAGAUUGAACUAUUAUUAUCUUGUCGCGUGCUUCAUGAUGUUCAGCACCAAGGAUUAUUUGGAAAAGAAAACAGGCCCCGAUGGAGUUGGUCGGUUUAGCUUUUUGCAGUCUCUUGUUUCUGAAUAUCAAGAUACACAGGACGAGGACAGCAAACAGCAGGUUCUUGCGAAUUUGGCUAACUUUGCCUAUGAUCCAAUCAACUAUGAUUUCAUGAGACAGCUUAAUGUCAUCGAUUUAUUUUUGGAUGCACUUGAAGAACAAGAUGAAAAGCUGGUCGAGUUUGGCCUAGGAGGAUUAUGCAAUUGCUGCUUAGAUGAACAAAACAAGGAUCACAUCCUGAAGAAUGAUGGUGUUGCUAUGAUAAUAAAGUGUCUGUCAAGCUCCAAUGAAGAUACAGUCCUCUCAGCGAUAACAACCCUUAUCUAUCUGGUGACGCCAGAGUCUCAGUCAGAGAUUACAGCUCUACCGGUAGUGGAAUGUAUGCUGAGGUUUGCUGCAUGUCCUAAUUCACGUCUGAGAAACCUUGCACAAAUAUUUCUUGGGGACUAUUGUACAGAAGCUCAAGUGCAGGAGGCACAGGACAUUCAAAGACAAAUGAUGGCCCACUGGAAUUCAGACCAGAUUAGAAACCCUGAUACAUCAGCAGAACAUGGUUGAUUCAAAACAAGUUGUCCACGUUUCAAAUCAGUAGACUGUACUGAUGCAGUCCAUAAGCACUUUUGGUGUGAUGUACUGAUGGCCAUCAACAUCUGGACAAAGCUUGACCCAUUUAGGGCUUGGUGAGCUAGUAUGCAAGAAAGAGUACUUUUACUGCCAGAAUAAGCAGCAACAGGAAAACAACAGCAAAUAUAUAUAUCCUGCUGCGCACAAGUGAGCAAAAAAAUAUUUUGGAAGCUGAGGAACAGUUGAGUCUUUCUAAAUAAACAAGCUGAUUGACUUA